AUGCGCUCUGCUGACUCGACAGCAAUAUUAAAGCAAGUCCAGCCAGUCAGGAGGAGAAGCGCACGCAUUUCGUUGGCGGCGUCAUCCAACGGUUCCACCUUGGCCGAGGAGCCGACCACUAUCAGCUCGCUCAUCAAAGCCUCGUCGAUGAACGAGCUCAUGGAAGAUGUAGACGAUAUUAUGGCAAAAAUAGACCGCCAGGCCGCGCGGACACAUGCCGUUCCCAACGGCAAUGGCCAUCUCGAGCACCACAAGUCAUCUUAUCAGCACAUAGACGCUAUCGACGCUCCUCCGGCACCGGCUGUGGAGCCUCUGCAGACAGAGCCCACAACUGCGGAGGUCUCACGACUCGAGCAAUCCCGCCCUGCGCCCGCCAAAGUCGACUUGGAAAUCCCACGAAAGGCGCUCCACUCGUCCAUUGGCAUCGUGGUGUGCUGCCUGUACGCGUUCGACUUUACUAUACCCCCAAUUGUCGCUGUAUUGUCCGUCCUACUGUUUGGCAUCUCCUUUAUCGAUUUCAUUCGACUUCGCAACCCCACCAUCGAAACCCUCUACGAAAAGACUGUGGGCUUUUUGAUGCGAGAGAGCGAGAAGAACAAGAUUAACGGCACCGUCUGGUAUCUCAUUGGAGUCAUCUUUGUCCUCACCUUUUACCCGGCGGAUAUCGCUGUCGUCUCCAUCUUGAUCCUUUCGUGGGCCGAUACCGCUGCAUCGACGAUCGGUCGUCUCUGGGGAAGAUAUACGCCACCUCUCCCUCGUCGUAUUCCCUAUAUCGGUCUGCCUUUUGCACCCCGCAAGUCGACAGCGGGAUAUGCUGCAGCUUGGGUCACUGGUGGCUUGAUCACUUGCGCAUUUUUGAGCAUCCAUGGUGCUCAGGCCCCAGUAGUACCCAUUGUUGCUUCUCGACCAGCCUUGUCGUGGUCGAUGAUCUCGUCCUCAAACUGGGAGCAGCUGCGUGACCUCGCGCUAUCAUAUACCAAUUUCACUUCGACACCCGUCAAGUCGCUCCCGUCUAGUUGGUACUGGACACAACGUGUUGGGGGUGGAUGGCCUGGUCUUGUUGUAAUGGCCUUUUGGUCUGGUUUUGCCACUGCCGUCUCGGAAGCUCUUGAUUUGGGAGACCUCGAUGACAACCUAACGUUGCCGAUUCUAUCUGGAAUUGGCAUCUGGUUAUACGUCGCUCUAGUCCACUGGAUCGAUAGCAGAUGGCUAUGA